AAGAGAUUUAUCAGCGGCGAGACGCUGCCCACUGCACCACUUCGCUCUCCGGCUCCUCGCUUCUCCCGCCUCCCCGGCCAUGGCCACCGCCACCGCUGCCGCCGUCGCCGCCACCUUCCGCUCUCUGCUCCAGCCCGCGGCUGGCGCCGCCGGUAACCGUCUCCCGCUCGUGCCUCCUAGCCUCCGCUUCCAGAGCCUCCAGCGCUCUCGCGCCGUUCUCCACCUCUUCGCGUCCCCUCGUGGCCGCCCCAUUCUGCUUCCACCCUCCGCCGCUGCCGGCGAAGCUUUCUCCUCCGACGGCGAAGACUACGCCGACGAAGACGAGGAGUACUUCGAAGAAGAAAAAGAGGACGAGCAGGAAGAGGUCGAGGCCCCGCGCGCGUACUCUUCUCCGAGAAGCCGGCCGCCGCGCGGCCAAGAGCCCGGCCGGGUCUUCGUCGGCAACCUGCCCUACACCAUGACCUCCGCCGAGCUCUCCGAGGCCUUCUCCGAGGCCGGCAGGGUGGACGACGCGCAGAUAAUCUAUGACAAGGUCACCAACCGGAGCCGGGGCUUCGCCUUCGUCACCAUGGCCACCGCCGAGGAGGCCACCAAGGCCAUCCAGAUGUUCGAUGGCGCCCUGCUGGGAGGGAGGACGGCUAGGGUGAACCACCCGGAGGUGCCGCGGGGUGGGGAGAGGAAAUCGGUCACAAUGGGUGGCCGCAGGCGAGAUGAUGGCACGUACAAGAUUUACGCCGGCAACCUGGGGUGGGGAGUGCUUGCCGACACGCUGAGGGCGGCGUUCGAGGGGCAGCCCGGCUUGCUUGACGCCAGGGUCAUCCUGGAGCGUGAGACUGGCCGGUCCAGGGGGUUCGGGUUUGUCUCCUUCAGGACUGCAGAGGAUGCACAGGCUGCAUUGAAGGCUUUGGAUGGAGUGGAGCUGGAAGGGAGGCCACUUCGACUUAGCCUGGCAGAACAGAACCCACCAGCUGGUUUUCCGCCUAGUGCAGUGCAGGCACAGCAGGAAGAGACUGCUUCAGACACAUCCGAUGUGGAACCAGAAACAACUUCAGAAUCAUCUGAAGCAGAUUUGGAAGAGACCAACUUACAGACAACAGCAGCUUAUUAGUGACCACGAGUCAGGAGUUAUAUGCUGUGCUGUACCAUUUGCAAAUUCAGCCAUUCCAAUCCAAGUUGUACUAGUUUGAGCGAAAAUUUUGACACAAGUGACACUGAAGUGAGAAUUCAGCUAUAGAUACUAGAAUUUAUUAGAUAUCUAGAUACUACCGUUAUUUUUGUAUUGUAUUCUGCAGAAGUAUGUUGAACUAAAGUGCAACUGUUUAGCCCUUUGUUUCCUGUAAAAUGAUCCAAUUCAAACGUUUCAUUUUA